AUGAGUUCAGUAUUGCCAUCAUCCUUCUCUUGGGGGUUUGAUCCAAAAAUAGAGGACAAUUCACAACAAAAUGAACAGUCAUCAAAAGAUAGCUCAAGACAGCACAGAAUAAACCAAGAAAUUUUAGCUAAUCUACAAUCAUCAAUGGGAACUCCAAUGAAGAGUAAAAGAAAACAUCAAGAUGAAGAACAAGAAGUUACACCAAGAAAGAAUGUUCAUAAUCUUAGAAAAGUUGAUAAAUUCCGUGUUUCAAAGAAAGAAGUUUCACAUAAAAGAAGCAGAGUUCAAAGAAUUAUUGGUCAACCAUUACCUACAAAUAGAAUUAUAGAAGUUUUGGAUAAAAAAAAUUUACAACAUUUGUUAACAAAUUUAAUAAACCUACAUCCAGAAAUAACUCAUGAUGUUUACCGUUGUGCCCCAAAACCAACAGUUUCUGGCUCUAUUGAAGUUUUAUCAAACAAGAUUGAUGUGAUCAUAAAUAAUCUACCUUAUAAGGUUGAUGCUUCUUCAGAAUAUUCAUAUAUGAGAGUUAAACCACUUAUUGAGGAUUUUUUGAAUGCUUUAUCAGAUUAUACAUUACAUUUUCUUCCUCCAGUGGAAACUCAACCUUCAAACUCUUUGGAUUUUUUAGACCAAGCUACAGAUUUAUUACACAAAUUACCAAAUUUCACAAAACUAUCAAACAACUAUUUUAAAGAAUUGGCGUAUGAACAACUUUCACAUACCUGGUGUAUUUGUUUGAAAGAGUUCAUCAAGAACCCAAGCACAACUAAUAAUGCUGGUCUUUUACUAUUAAUUAAUAAUAAUUGGGAAAUGAAAUUAAAAAAACAUAAUGAAGAAUCAAAUAACAAAUUGGAAUCAGUGGUUGAAUUUUUCAAAGAUGAAAUCAGUUGGCUUGAUGACGAAUUGAAUGAAAAAGAUGGUCCGUCAAAAUUGGCUAAUUUGAAUAAUUUCAGCCCACAUAACAGUCCAUUACAUGGUUUCAAAACAAACUUGCUGGACAAUUUCAGAUAG